GUAUCGUGGUGCUUCUCCAAUCCAAUAUGCAAUUUUGAAUGGUGAUAAAGAAACUGGAAUUACAAUUCAAGAUCUUCAUCGUGAAAUUUUCGAUGCUGGAAAAAUUUUAAGGCAGAUUAGUGUGUCAAUUCCUUCUGAAUCCACUUACAUGUCACUUGAGUCAACUCUUGCAGUGGAAGGUGCCGAAUUACUGGUUGAUACUCUUCAACACCUUGAUUAUUUUCAAGCUAAUGCACAAGAACAAGAUGUAACAAAAGUCACAAAAGCUCCAAAAAUUUCAAAAAAUAUGGCCGAAAUUAAGUGGAAUCAGAUAACUGCGGAAAAAUUAGAUAAAUUAUAUCGUGCUAUAUCACAUCAGACCAUUCGAAAUCACGUAUUUGAUUCAUAUAUUAGUGAAUUUAUAAUGACUCCUGAUACAAUAUUUACCAUCGCCGGAAAAAGUUUGAAAUUGAAUACCGCAGAAGAUGUACAAGAAUAUGUGAAUUCUAUAUUGGACCUUAAUAAUUUAGAGGAAGUAGUGUUAAGUGGAAACACUUUUGGUGUUGAGGCUGCUCAGGCAAUAGCUAUGGCUUUAAAAAAGAAAAAUUCCAUCAAAAUUCCUCACUCUGUGAAAGCUAUAUGUGACGCGCUUGAGGAUAAAGAAUGCCUUGUAGAAUUAAGUUUUAGUGAUAACGCGUUUGGCCCGGCGGGUGCCGAGCCUAUGGUUGAUUUUCUUACUAAUAAUAAAUCUUUAAAGAUUCUCAAACUUAAUAAUGUUGGUCUUGGACCUCGUGGUGGAAAGCUGAUCGGUAAGGCUUUACUUGCAGCGGCAGAGAAGAAUAAUUCUGAAGGUCGUAAGUCUUCGUUUACAACCAUUAUCGCUGGCCGCAAUAGAUUAGAAAAUGAGUCCAGUCAAGCUAUUGCUGAUGCUAUAGCUGCUCAUGGUUCUUUGGUCGAAAUCCGUAUGCCUCAAAAUGGCAUUCGCCCAGAAGGUAUCAUUACCCUUUGUAAAGGGUUAGCUGCAUGUAAAAAUUUAGAGGUUCUUGAUCUCCAAGAUAAUACAUUCACAGAAAAGGGUGCACGAGCCUUUGCUGAAGCACUUGUUCAAUGGCCAAAUUUGAAAUUUCUCAAUGUCGGUGAUUGUUUAUUAUCGGCGAAAGGUGGUGUGGUUAUUGCUGAAACUCUUUUAUUAGGUCAUAAUAAAAAGUUAGAAUCCCUUAAUCUUCAAUAUAAUGAGAUCGAUAAUAAAGGUGUAAAAGUCCUUGCUUCUGCUAUCCUUACACAUCUUAAGGAUUUAGUUUCAUUAGAAUUAAAUGGUAACAAUGUCGAAGAAGAUGAUGCCUCCAUCAAGGAGGUAAUAUCUGCAUUGGAAGCACAUGGUCAUGCAGAUGCUUUAGGUGAAUUAGAUGAUAUGGAAAUUCUUGGCGAGGAUGAGGAAGAGGAUGAACCAGAGGAUGAACCAGAGGAUGAACCAGAGGAUGAACCAGAGGAUGAACCAGAUGAACCAGAGGACAAAGAAGAUUUGAUAGAGGCACCAAGUUUAGAACAAUUAACACUUGAAGAUAAAGACUCAGAUACUGAAGAUUUAGAACCACCACCAGAAACAAAAUUGCAAGAAGUUAGUGAAGUUCAAGCUCAGGAAUCUCCACAUGAAACCAGAUCAACAAAUGAUCAAGUUGUCAGUGAAUUCCGACAACAAAUUCAUGCAAAACUUUACACACCACCUCAACAAGAUAUGUCAUCUUCCCAAGAAAUUAAUACUAAGCUUAAUGUUUUCAGAUUGAACUUGAAACAAGGAGAUAGCUCGUCUGCAGAAAAUGUUAUGGAACAAUUAGAUAAAAUUGCUGUAUCUAAAUUAUUGGAUUGUCGACUAGUUCAGGGUAUCAAGAGAAUUGAAAAUCUCGAAUCCCGCGUGGCUGAUACUAGCUCAAAAGUUUUAGUUGCUGGUGAUGUUAAUGCUGGCAAAAGUACAUUUGUUAAUGCCCUUCUUCGACGUAACGUAAUGCCCGUAGAUCAGCAACCAUGUACUACUCUUUUCUGCGAGGUUUUAGAUGUUCAAGAAAAUUCUGGAAUUGAGGAGGUUCAUGCUAUAAAAAAUAUUGAAUCCUAUAACCGGGAAGACCCUUCAACUUAUACUAAAAUUGAAUUAUUAAACCUUUUCGAUACGAUCAACAAUGGUACAGAUGAAUAUGCUCAAAUUAAGACCACCGCUUUGUUCGCUAGGCAAGAAGAAAUCGAUGUUAUCAUAUUUGUUGUUAGUGCCGAAAAUCAUUUCACUUUAUCGGCCAAAGAAUUUUUGUCGAAUGCAUCCAAUGAAAAAGCCUAUCUUUUCAUUGUUGUUAACCGUUUCGACAACAUACGUGAUAAAGAAAAAUGUAAACGUCUCGUGUUGGACCAAAUUAAAGAAGUUUCCCCACGUACCUAUGAGCAUUCUGAGGAUUUAGUACAUUUUGUAACGUCUACCGCCAUUCCAAUCGAAAGCCAAGAAUUGAAUGACAAAAAUAACGUUUUGUCAACAUCCAUUGAUAAGCAAAGGAUUGAUGAUUUUAAUCGUCUCGAAGAAUCUUUGCGUAACUUUGUUCUCAAAAAGAGAUCUAAAUCUAAGCUGUCUCCUGCUAGACAUUACAUUGACAAUAUUUUAAAUGAUAUUGGUGUGCUAUCCGAAUUUAAUCGGGGAAUAGCAUCUCAUGAUGCCAAAAAGGCAUUUAGCGAACUUGAAUCUGGCAGAGAAGCAUUUGAUCAACUUUGUAAUAAUGAAAAAUAUAUUACUUCGGAAGCCAAUAAAUGUGUUGACGAUACAUGUGAUUCUAUUAUGCUAUUCACCAAAAAACGGUUAGAAGAUUCUAUUUCCAACAUUGAUUCAUCAGCUACGAAUAUAGGAUAUCGUGGCUUAAUUCAUGCGUGGGCAUAUGCCAACGAUGUUCGUGACGCUAUGCUUGAAGAGAUUUCGAAAGGGGUCUAUUCUUCUGAACAAAAAGCAAAGGAGGAAACUGUUAAUUGCAUUAAUAGAAUCCAAUCCAUGGCUGAAAAUUUAGGCGGAGAGCCUUGUAAGAUUGAUCUUGAAAGAAUGUAUAGGCAUGGAAACAUUAACACCAUUCCUAUAACAUUAUCUGAUUUCUUUGAUUUUGAUAUAACUCAAAAUUUCAAUGAUCGUUUUCCGUUUGUCGGCUUAUCCGGUUGUACCAUAAUUUACGCCUUUUCUAAAUUAAAUGCACUUUCCAGUUUAUUGAGAAUUUAUAAUUUUAUGGGCAUAAUUAACAUUCGUGGCAAAACGAUGUUGUCUUUAGUAGGGAUUGCUGUUAUACCCCGAAAAGUUGCCAAAAAAAUUAAACAUGAAUUAGUUCAGUCACAAUACAUUGAUCGUGAAGCUAAUCGUAUCACUAGACAAAGCCGUAAAAAGGUUCGAUUGGCGACCGAAGAUUUACGAUCUCGAUUCAGAAUGGCUGUUGAAGAACAAAAACAAAAACGAAUCACUAUGGAACAUUCAUUUAGAAAAUCUGAGGAUGCGGUCAAGUUCUUUGAAGAUGUCUUCAACAAAGCUGAAAAAAUGUCUGAUGUUUUAAAUUCUCUUGGAAACAAUUGGGAAGACAGCGAUGAUGAUUUAUAUAACUAG